AUGUUAUCAGCGAGAGUGGACAAAUGGGCACUGGGCGUGAAAGGAGCUGUACCGCCCGGCUCUGGCGAAAUGGUUGAUGUGAAAUCUCCUGCUGGUCUUGCUGCCUUCAACGAGACUCUUUCCACUCAAGCCUUCGCUACAGGCUUUGUCCUGUCGGGUGAAGACAGCACGCUGUUUGAAACUCUCGGAUCAGCUCCUUGCGCGAAGACCUACCCUCAUGUCGCUCGUUGGUACAAGAACAUCGCCAGUUAUGACAAGAGCGAACGAAAUUCAUGGCCUUCCGCAGGCGGAUCUGCUAGCGGCGAUGACGCUAAGGAGGAGGAUCUUGAUCUUUUUGGAUCUGAUGAUGAAGAAGAUGCCGAGAAGCAAAAGAUUGUACAAGAGCGACUGAAGGCUUACGCAGAGAAGAAGGCCGCAAAGCCUGGCCCUAUAGCAAAAUCGUCUGUGAUUUUGGAUGUGAAGCCUUGGGAUGAUGAGACGAACCUCGAGGAGAUGGAGAGCUUGGUUCGCGGAAUCGAAAUGGACGGCCUCGUUUGGGGAGGAUCCAAAUUGAUUCCAGUAGGAUAUGGCAUCAAGAAGCUGCAAAUCAUUUGCGUAAUUGAAGAUUUGAAAGUCUCAGUUGAUGACCUCAUUGACAAGAUCACUGGUGACUUCGAGGAUCAUGUUCAGUCUGUUGAUAUUGUGGCAUUCAACAAGAUCUAA